UGAUCUUCACAUGCACCUGACAUAUUUUUCUGCUUUCGUGACAAGAAAAUAAACAUGGCUCUGAAACGGGACGUUUCCCCAUCAAUUAUUAAAACUAACACAAGCGAGUUGACUUGGCAACUCAGGUCAGGUGGCAAAACACUCUUCAAAACCAUAGCUUUACUGUAUUAGCUACAAAAGCACAAAGUUGUGUCUGGGGAUACAUAUUUACUGCAACAGAGACGUAAAUACACGUAUUUGAUACAUUCUCUGUGGUAUAGCAUCGUCAACCGUCUGUUCUCCUAACUCAUUUUAGGGCGCCAGGAUAGCCACUACUGUGCAAAAGAAAAAUGAAUCUUCAAAUUACUUCAAUAUUCUUUUGUCUGCACUACUUGGGUGGCCUCGUCGCUGGAAUACCAAGCUCGCAUCAGUGUUCCUCAAGUAAUGCAACGCGUUCAAACUGCCAAAGUGCAACAUGUCCCUCGUCUGGUGGAUGUCUGAAUGUCUUGUGGGCAGAGUUCAAGCCUUAUGCGUACAAAACCGGGACAGAUUUUGAUGGAAUUAUACCAGAUAUACUUGAGGAUCUCCUCGAUAUCGGUUCUUGUUGCAAAACUUGCUGGAAGUUAAACAUAACAAACAAAGUGUCUCGACAGUCGAUUACGGCGGGAAAAAUCGACAAUAAUAUCGAUAUGGUUCUGCCGUAUUCCGGCAAAGACGAUGAGAAAAUCCAGGAAAUGGAAUUUGUAAGUCUUGUUCAAAAUCCUGCAGUAGUUUACAUCACCAAGAAGGAGAGCGCUGGUGCGAUACCAAGAAAAUUGAUCGGUGCAAUUUGGAACGCCUGGCCUGUGAUGAUCAUGGCCUUGUUGCUCUCAGUCGUCUCUGGAGUUGUUCUUUGGUUUUUGGAACUCUGGCAGAAUGAAGAACAGUUUCCCCGUUCGUUUGUGAAAGGAUCAUGGGAAGGAUUUUGGUGGGCCUUUGUUUCCAUGACGACCGUAGGAUAUGGUGAUCGUGUUCCACGAUCAAUCUUGGGACGGAUUUUUUCAAUCUUCUGGAUCAUGAUUGGUAUUUGUAUUUGCUCCAUCUUCACAGCCACCUUAACAACAGCGUUAACCACAAUCACACUUGAAGAAAAGAAGACUCUUGAUCGAGCGAAGGUCGGUGCAAUACGUGGAUCACUCGAAGCUUACACUGCUGUUAAUCACAAGGCAAAAGUUAUAAUAUAUAAUUCCACAGCGGAUUUAUGGCGUGCUUUAGAUGAUGAGCAAGUUGAAGGUAUCAUUCUGGAUUCGUAUUUCUCAGCGACGGAAAAGAUUAGCAAUUACAUAGAAGAUAAUGAUUUCCGAAUCUCGCAGACCGUCGAAGAGGAUGAAAAAUCUUACGGCAUUUUGGUCAGGAAUGACAGCCUAACAAAAUGUUUAAGGAAUGCUUACAAUGAAGUGUCUAAGGACAUAGCUGAAAUAAUUGCUGACGAAAUUGAAAGCGAGUCCGACGAGAACGAGGCCGCAGCACGCUCCGACAGUGUUUUUAACCCAACAGGAGACGUAUUCUGGCCGUCUCUGUACACCUGUAUCGCAUUUGUCGUUGUAAUGGCGAUCCUUGGUCUGAUCUGGGAGUAUUUUCUUAUGGGCAAAUGCAUGAGACAUUGGAAAAAAGGAUCUAUGAUCGGAGCGAACGCAGAUGCUAAAAAUUUGGAUCAAAUGGAACAAGAAAUGAUCGCAGAUAUACAGAAGAUGUUUUCAACAUGGAGGGCUCAAAAAGCAGGCGGUAUUGGUAUUGUUGGACCAUUGAAAGUUGAGGACAUGGAACAACAACGUAACCAACAGUUUUCCAUGAAAUAAGCAUCACAACAAUAGUUCUAGUAGAAUAAACCGCAAGAGAGGAUGUCACAGAACACUACAGCACUCUCAGAAGUCGAGAAACUCGCUGCUGCACGAUUGUAUAUACACCACGUAAAUAUUACACACCACUUACAUUAUCCGCGAUAGAUAAGUGUGUUGCUUCAGCUGCUGUUGUUAUGUUGAGUGAGGCAGAGUUAAUAGCAGGGUUGAUUCAUAUGAAAGACACCGAUUGCACACUUUUUACCUAAGAGCACUUUUUUAUAAGCAUUUUCACCUGCACAUGCUUGUGAUCAAGGAUUGUUUUGUAUUUAUACUUAAAAAAUUUCAAUAUAUUUC